GUUUUCUUUUCUACUUUUCCUAAAAAAAUAAAUGCAACAAAUACAACUUUGUUUUCUUUACAUGAAAAACCCACGGGUGUUUCUCUCGAGGAUGUACGGGAUCCAGUCACCGGAUGUUAACCAAAUAAUAUCGGCAUCAGGAAAAAGAUUCGCAUGCCCGAAUACAAAUUGCGCGAAAACAUUUGAAACAAAGGGAUCUUUUAAUUAUCACUUGAGAUAUUUAUGUAACAAAGCGCCAAGAUUCAAAUGUUACUUCUGCGAUUACACAACUCAUUAUGCGCAAAAUGUCCGCGUUCAUUCAAAAUGGAAGCACAGAAACACAGAACCUAAAAUUGUCCAACUAUACGACCCCCACAUGGAAACGCGGACUUUAAGUUGCCCGAAUUCAAACUGCAGUAAAAAAUAUCGCACUAUUCGCGCUUUGAAAAAACAUGUUAAUUAUGAAUGCGGGACUCCCAAUAGUAUGAAAUGUCAUUACUGUGAUUUCGAGCAUUUCUACAGAUGGCGCAUAAAAGAACAUUCGAUUUCCAAGCAUCCAGACAAAGAAUUUCGGGUCGAUCCUUUAGAAAAAAAUAUUUAACCUUAAGGUCUAUUUAUUUUCUGUAAUUUAAAUAAAAAUAAAAAAACCAAUAAUAGAAAU